AUGAUGACCUGGAUUUAUCAAACAAUACUUAUAAUUGUAAUACUUCAAAAUGUGAUUACCAAUAUUCUUUCAAUUCCAGUGGAACCAAAAACAUCCAUUCAUCGUCUUGAAACAAGAUAUUACUUUGACUAUUCGAUCGGAGGGAAUCAAGCAGAAAAAGAUUAUUGUAUAAGUAUACUUCAUCUGACUCGUGCGCUUGAUUGCGAUAAAGCAAGAGAUCUUGCAGAAGAAGCAUUAGCAAAGGCUAAAAAUAAUUUUCCUGAAUCCACUUUGCAUAACGGUUCUGGAGAUGCGUAUCGUCACUGUUACUGGAGUGGACUAUUGACAUUCGAGUUCGGUGUGUCUGGUGCAAAGGGUUUUGGUGAUCGGCAUGAAGAUUAUCCAAAAAAUCCUUCAGGAGAAAAGGCAAUGGACUUGAAUAACAACAAUGUAGGCCGCACGGUUGCAAGUCAAAUUAAAAAGGGAGAUAAAAAUGCAUUAAGUGCAGCUUGUAAGCAGGCACUCACUGAUGGACGCUUAAAGACUUUGAAUUAGACUUUAUUAUUACUGUAAUCCAAAUUUUUUUUAUUAAAAAAUUAUUAUCUACUAUCAAAACUAAUAAAAUAACAU